GCGGAGCCGGACUCCAUGUUGUUCCGUCAGCCGCAGUGAACAAGUUCCCUGGCCGAAAACUCUCACGUUGCAACUCUGCGUGUGCGAGAAGUUAAGUGUGCGCGCGUGCGAGUGUGUUGACCCUCCGAAAGAAGAUGGCAGACUACCGGGAUGACACCGGGGCUCGAGCCCUGCUUGCUUUACAGUCGGCUCCUUGCAGCCCGGUGCGCGUCGCGGUGACCUCGCACACCUUUCACCAGCCCCCGUUCGCCCUUCUGGGUCCUCCGGUGAUGGAUGCCCGCACAGAUGCCGGGAUUCUUCCCGUGCGGCUCGCUUCUACUCCUCCGCAGGCCCUGGCCAGGCUCGAGGGCCGAGACUUUGAAUAUGUCAUGCGCCAGAGGACGGUCACCAUAGGCCGGAACUCUUCUCACGGCUCCGUGGACAUCAACAUGGGUCACUCGAGCUUCAUUUCCCGGCGGCACCUGCAGAUCACCUACGAUGAGGCGGGUGGUUUCUCCCUCCGGUGUCUUGGCAAGAACGGCGUAUUCGUGGACGGGGUCUUCCAGCGAAGAGGGGCACCACCACUGCCGCUACCCAGAGAGUGCAUGUUUCGUUUUCCCAGCACCGCGAUCAAGAUCCAGUUCAUGUCGCUCCUGGAGGUUGAGGAGCACCGAGAGAAGGAGCAGCCCUCUUCUCCCCCUCGCUCGCUUCUGCCCCAGAUUUCUCCUCUUAAAAUCAGCAUUCCUACAGCGCAGCAGCACGAAGAGCACAUGAGGGCGUUUGGCUCUCCGCUGCCCUCACCCACAGGCACCAUCAGCGUUCCUAACUCCUGUCCAGCUAGUCCGCGUGGGGCAGGGUCAUCGGGGUAUCGCUACGGACGCAACGUCACCUCUGACCUCCAGUUAGCAGCUGAAUAUGCUGCCAAGGCUGUUUCUGAGCAGAGACGAAAUAUUGCUGAGCAGAGAAGUGGGGGAAGUGAGCAGCGAGGGGAGUCAGCUGGUGGCGACAGUCCCAGGGAUGAGUCCAAGCCACCUUAUUCCUAUGCACAGCUGAUUGUCCAGGCCAUCUCUUCGGCCCAAGACAAGCAGCUGACUCUCAGUGGUAUCUAUGCCUACAUCACCAAACACUACCCCUACUACCGCACUGCAGACAAGGGCUGGCAGAACUCAAUCAGACACAAUCUGUCUCUGAACCGCUACUUCCUGAAAGUGGCCCGCUCUCAGGAUGAACCAGGGAAGGGAAGUUUUUGGCGUUUGGAUUCUGCCUCUGAGGCAAAGCUGGUGGAGCAAGCCUUCAGGAAGAGACGGCAAAGAGGAGUGGCCUGCUUUAGGACCCCAUUUGGACCUCUGUCAUCAAGAACAAAGAGUGCUCCUGCAUCCCCGACCCAUCAAGGACUUCUUUCUCCAUCAAGCGGGCUGCAGACUCCUGAAUGUCUGAGCAGGGAGGGCUCUCCCAUCCCCCACGACCAUCACGAACAGCUGGCUAGCAAACUGGCAUCUGUACCUGAGUACAGGUAUUCUCAAAGCGCCCCAGGCUCCCCAGUCAGUGCUCAGCCUGUCAUCAUGGCCACUCCCACUCAUCCUACAGCACUGUCCGCAGGCUCGGGGAAAGCCCUUGCUUUGGUUCCAGGUGCCAGUGGACAAGUCCAACCCAUCCAUGUGUUCCACAGCUCCUCUCAGCCCUCUGUCACCAUGGUACGUGUGGUUACCAGCGUCCCUCCAAACGGGUACAGCGCCCCCGCUGUUGGAGGAGUAGAGGGCAACAGUGAUCUCAGAGAAGCACAGCUGACCAGAGAGCGAGUGAUCCAGACUCUGGAGAGUGCAGUGCAGGGCGGGGAAGGACGUAAUCUGACCCCAGGUUUACAUCAACUUCCUGUUCGCCCCAUUACCCAGAAUGGCAAACACACCACUGCUGCUGUUGUCACAGCAACCAGCCUUGCUAAUGCAUCUGGCCUGAGUAGUCCUCUGCAGAUUUUGGCCGCUCAGGCCUCCAGCUCCCCUCCUGUGUUGGUGAGCAGACAGCCCAGUGCAGAAACUUUAGCUGGACAACCAGGCGAGCCCCAGGCCAAGCGGCCAAAGAUGGAGGACGAGGGCGGGACUGAAUCUGCUCAGCGUCAAGUCACACCUGGCCAGCAGCCUGUCAUUGUUGCCAUGGCAUCACAAAGCCAUGACGCUAGGCAGUAAAACUCAGAGCUGCUCACCAGGUACCCAGUGGACAGCCUCUCUAUCAUCCCCUUAACGCGUCGCCUUUUUUACUCGUUUGAUGCGUCUGUAGCCGACACGGCCGACAGGCAGUCUCUCAGAAGGGAAUUAAAUUGUAAGAACACAUUCUGUGCUCAAAAAUAGACGAAACCUUUCAAAUUUGAGCUGAAAUUAAAAACACAAGAAUAUCUUUUAGGACCUUUUUUUUUUUUUUUUUCCUGUUUUUUUAAUGUAAUCCAUCAUUCACUGACAAUUCCGAGAAAUAAGGUUAUUAAAUAUAAUAAAUAAUUUCAGCACUACUCUGUGUGAAUGUUGGAUAUCUCAGAUGCAUCACUGAUCACUCUCAGGCCAAAGAACUCAAAUCUCCUGCGCUUCUGAUUCGAGUCACUGCCUGACGUAAAACCAGGGAACGUGAGAUGUGAAUGGCCUGCAUCCACAGAAAGGGCUGUGAUAAUUUAGAGUUGAUGAAUUGUGUCGUUUCAUACAGUCGUGGGCAGAAGGCUAGAGAGGACUUAGCUACAUAUACCCGCACUAGGUUGAUAAGGCCUGAGAGACUUAAAGAAUAUGAUUGUACUCCUCAUAAGGCUAUCUUCCAAGGAUAAAGUGAGACAGAAGACAUGAAACGAGCGGUCUCAGACAAGAACAGACAGACAUUAAUUUUAAGGCCAAUAGCAGAAUGUGAGACGUCUCUGUUCUUUGGCUUUGCUCUAAAGCAAAAAAAAAAAAAGAGAUAAAGAAAGGCAUGUUGUUUUUGGAGAACAGAUACGAGGAAAUCCAGGUAUGAUAAACCAGCAGUUUGCAGUUUUUGCUUCACUUCAGUCCAGUGUGGUUUAUCAGUGCGAGGCUCCUCUGAUUCAGAAGGAUCGCGAUGUUCGGGCGGAAGAGAAGGAAAAAACGGGCAACUAUACGGAGCUGAUUGAAGUGGAGCUAACCUAAUGUAGACAAACUGAUUGUUUAAAAAAAUUUUUUGUCUUGUUUCAGUAGCAGUUAAAAGGAGAAAUGGAGCAGCCUGUGCAUACUUUUAUUUUUUUUUUGAUUGUCUUAGCACAGAAAAGCAUUAUUGUAAUAAUCCUUAAAGCCUUAAAUAUUUCUACAUUUUGUCAUUUUAUUUUAACCUUUAGACAGCUUUACCAUUUUUAGAGUAACAUAGUGCUUUAACAGCUGAUGAUCGGCGACACUACAGCGGUGACAGUUACGCUGCAUCUGUAGGCUUGUAUCAGUUUUUUCAGGGGAAGGGCGGGACCAACACAUGACCACAAAUUUCAACUGUGCUCGUCUUUUUCUUUCAUUCUGUACGGUACUUUUUGGCAUCUUCUGUCUUCGGCUCACCACUCUUGCUUUCUUGUUUCCUUAAAUUAAUUUUACAGUUUUAUUCUGCCUCCUCCUCCCGGUCUCCUCACCGAGCAGUCUCCACAGAGGCAUCGAGCUGUCGGCAAUUCCUGCCACAGAUGCCACGUUAAUUAGAUUUUCUGUAACGCUUUCAAAACUCCUGUUCUAUUCUUCUCAUCCUCACUCUGCCUUUAGCUUUUUCCAAAUGUCCUCACACAGGCCUCGUUUAUAGCUGGGAAUCAGGUGAUUGUUGUUGCACAUUAUUAGGGGGGGGGGGAUAAAAAUGCGUAAUGAUUGUAUGCUGCUCUAUCUGCUAAAUGACAAAGCUCUUCAGAAGGUAUUUUUUCUUAUUUUGGAAAGAGAAAAAAUAUUUUGCUAUAUGUAAAAAACAGCAGUCAUCAAUACAUAAACAUUCUGGAAAUAGAGAAGUAUAUGUAUUUUUAAAUGUUCCUGUUUUUGUGAUUUGUUAAAAUGUGUAGCACAAAUUAAAAUUCCUCAUUGACUUACA